UCAAUAAAUCUCGUUUACCUGUGAGUCUCAUUCAAGCCAGAGUAGUAUGCGUAGAGUUGCAGUCUCAAUAUAGAGUUAUUCUAAACUGCGUAUAGAGAAGAUAAUAGUUGUAAAAUAAAUAGUAUUUUUCUGUUUUUUCAGUUUACAGAAGGUGUCAUCUUAGAACAGGUGUUGGAUCCUCUUUUUUGUACGAGGGAAUGCCACUUUUGAAGAGAGAUUUGCUGCCUGUGGUUUCUUCAUAGGAAACUGCUUUAUUCUCAGACAGAGGGUCAUUGGUCUGUUGAGCCUAGUUUUGUUGACAUUGCCUGGUGCUGGCUUGCAGGGUUGCAGAUACUACACUCCUCUUCAGCCAGCAUUUUACUCAUUUCCAUUCCAUGAAAUGAUGACUGCAGCACCAAACAUGGAGAUGAUGAACGAACAGGAAGCUCUCCAGGGAGUUUUGGAUCCAGAUAUUGUUCAGGAACCUGUUCAAGUAGCUGUUAAAGGAAGGAAAAGAAAAAAUAAAGCUUCUGAACCUAAAAAACCUGCUGCUAAGUCCGCCAAAUCAAAAGGCAAACAAGAGAAAAUCACAGAUACUUUCAAAGUCAAAAGAAAAGUGGAUCGUUUUAAUGGUGUAUCUGAAGCUGAACUGUUGACCAAAACUCUUCCUGAUAUACUGACCUUCAAUUUGGACAUUGUAAUUAUUGGUAUAAACCCAGGUUUAAUGGCAGCCUACAAAGGUCAUCAUUAUCCAGGACCUGGAAACCACUUCUGGAAGUGCCUUUUUCUGUCUGGACUAAGUGAAGAACAGUUGAAUCAUAUGGAUGACCAUACUUUGCCACAUAAAUAUGGGAUUGGAUUUACAAACAUGGUGGAAAGGACAACACCAGGUAGCAAAGACCUUUCCAGCAAAGAGUUUCGGGAAGGAGGACGUAUUCUGGUGCAGAAAUUGCAGAAGUAUCAACCUAAAAUAGCAGUUUUUAAUGGAAAAUGUAUUUAUGACAUUUUUAGCAAAGAGGUUUUUGGAGUAAAGGUUAAGAAGUUGGAAUUUGGACUACAGCCAAAUAAGGUCCCUGACACGGAAACGCUUUGCUAUGUUAUGCCCUCAUCCAGUGCAAGAUGUGCUCAAUUUCCUCGUGCACAAGAUAAAGUUCAUUACUACAUAAAGCUCAAAGAACUGAGGGAUCAGCUGAAAGGCAUUGCAUUAAACACAGAGGUUCAGGAAGUGCGGUACACCUUUGACUUGCAACUUGCACAAGAGGAGGCUAAGAAGAUGGCUGUGAAAGAAGAAAAAUAUGAUCCAGGUUAUGAAGCCGCUUAUGGAGGUGCUUAUGGUGAGAAAAUGGUCAUGGAGAGUGAACAAUGUAACUUCCUUUCAAAUGGAAUAGCAUCAACCAAUACAGAGUACAGCAGUGGCUCAUCCUUUGGAGAUGUACCCAAUGGACAGUGGAUGACACAGUCUUUCACAGACCAAAUUCCAGAGUUCAGCAACUCAAGACCACAAGAGGAAGAAGGAAGCAAUGCUUAAAUCCUGCCUUUUAAGUCAAGCCAAGGUGCUGCAGAGGUUUUUUAAUUAAGCAGUUGUCAAGAAUGGUACCUCAGUUCCCCAACUGAAGCAUUUUUAAUAGUGUUUUAUCUCUUAAUUUUCUUAUAACCCUUUCUCUUUGUAGACUUAAAACCUAUGAAUUAGGUCACCUUAAGAAAAUCUUCAAGUUUUUAAAGAGAAAAGAUAUCCUUUUUUGUAUGAAGCUUUUGUAUUUUAAAUUGUUCCAUGGUUGCAAUUUUAGCAAACUGCUUUCUCAUUUGUGAUGACCCAUCUCUUGGUUUUAAACUAGUAUUUUGUAGUGUAAUCUGUAAACUAUCCUGUCAUGCAUUGGGAUAUUUUAUGUGUUUUAGUAUAUCUGAAGAGAGGGAAAGCCCUUGUAGAUUUAAUGUUGGUACUGGACACUGGCAUAGCAAAUUGUUGUCCAACAAAUCUGUUACACAGUAGUAUAUAUUCAAGCCUACCUAUGGUAAGAGACCCUUACAGCAGAAGUUUUUUUUUUUUCUUCUAAGAAAGGAAUCAAAUCCUUAACCCAGUUCCAGUUCAUGCAUGUGUGGACAUUAAUUACUGGCACUUCAGUGUGUGAAUCACCUCCAUUGAAAAGCACUAGUGUUGAGCCAAGUGAUCUCAGGUUCAUCCUCUAGUUCGAAAAUAAUUAUUUUGCAGGAGCCAAGCUUUUCUAUUUUGAGCUGCUUGCUAGUGCUUCAGCUGCCGUUUUUCUUUUCCCUCUCUAUCCUUUGUGAUCCCAGUCAAUCAGGAAUUAUGUUGGAUGUAGUAACAUUAUAGAGCUGUAUAACUAUUUUGAUUUAACUAUAUGCUGACAUCAUUAAGAGCAAGUGACGCCCAUGUAGAACAAGGCUACGAGCCAGUGGGGGGUUCCAGAACAGUACUUUCACAAUGAUCCUUGCAAAAUCAGUGAUCCAGGCAGGCCACUCCAGUUCUGAGAAAAUACACUGUAGUUCGUUCUCCACGUUUUGGCUUAGCCCUAAAAAGCGUUCUUUGUGAGGAAAAUUGAAGUGCUGCCUCCGGUGUAUUAUCUGUGAUGGCUUCUUUUUGAUGCUGCGGUUAUCACAUGAUAAACACAAAUGUAUGAGCCGCUCCUUAGUGAAAUAGUUUGUGAAAUAUGAGUGCAGUGGGGAGUGUGUCCAGAGAAUGGUAUGGGGAAGGAGUGUACGUGUUAUCUCAGGAACAUGUGGGAGCCCCUGCAACAAACAUUUUGCUUAUUCCUUUCUGCGUGCUGUCUGCAUGUUCAGCGAUGGAGGUGUGUGUGAUUCGUAUGCUAGUUCUAGGAAUGGAUGGAUUUCUGGCUAGAAUAGAGAGCCAUCUUGAGAAGGAAGCAGAAAAAUCUGUAUAAGCCUCUUAAAUAUACAUAUGCCACCAAAAUGUGGUUCAGGGAAUUGAAAAAAGAAUCAGGGAGAUGGAUUGCAUUUCAGUUCUAUUCCAGAAUUUAGUAUUUUUCCUUUCUAGGAAAUGUUGCUUUCCACAUCUCACUGGCCAAAAUAUUUAGUAGCGAUUUCAAGAUAUUCAAAUGCUAGGAAGCUACAAGCAAAUGCACCAGACUGCACAUUGUUAACCCUUUAUGAAACACUUCCAUAAGGCUUUGGGUGCAACUUACCUGCACAGGAUUUUAAUAGGGAUUAUCUUGUCUUUCUUCUUCCUCACCUCUCUGUGGGCAGUGCAGUGCUGCAGAAAUAGCAAAUCUGUGUGGACCCUUAAUAUGCUUUAUCAGUCCCUAAUUUUUGCCUUGUAAGGCUUGGAGAGGAAAAGUCCAGUGUUAGGGAAACUCUACCUCUUGCAUGUAGAAAUGGAGGAAGGCAGAAACAGGCUGCAUGCAGGUAUUGAACCCACAACAUAAAUAGAACAUGCUGGUGGCUUAUAAAGUUAAAUUCAUGACAAAACUGGUUGUCUUGCUUAAUAAUUUGCUUUCUUCUGUUCUCCUGUAGCUCCCUUUUCAUCACAAUGGGAGGAACUAAUUUAAAAGUAAAAGCAGUAAGAGGAUUAAACAGAUGUUUUGAUAAUCUGUUGAUUUAGGUGUUUUGGAUACUUGAAUUAUGCACAAGAACUGUCUCUCCAUAUUGUAUACAUAGUUUAGAUCAAUAUUUAACUACACCACAGACAGCUGAAUUUAUUUAAAACAUUUUGUAUGUAUUGGUGUUCAGAAUGAUGGGUUUAAUGGAUCACUUUAAAGUAAAUCCUUGGCCUGCUGAGCAACUUUGGAACUUUUCUGGAGUCCUUUUGAGUUGCUGCUGAAUAAGAUAUAAGCAUAUAUAAGGGUUCCCUCCAAAAUCAGGUGCUUGAAUCUUCCAACACAAUGACUUUUUUUAACAAAAAUAAAUGUAUGUUCUAGUUCUGAUCAUGUUAGUAUCUUGGAAACUGUUCAUUGUGGUCAACAAUCUAUAAGAUUUGCUUGUAAUAUAAUCCUAUCCCUAUUUACUCAGAAGCAAGCCCUUUAUUUACAAUGGGGUUCACUUCCUAGUAGGUGUGUUUAGGAUUACAGCCUCAGUUUAUUUUUUAUGUAUUGCUGUUUACAUGGACACUUUCUUGCAAGUGCUUGAAGUGCCUUGCAUCAGGGAUCUGGAACAAUUUUUAUUUUUAACAAAACUCUAUUACCGCAGGUGAUGGAUGGCUUAGUAGGAACUAUUAAACAUGAAAAGGAAACAUCUUCCUUUGAACAAAACAUCCAUUAGAUUACUUAGAAAUAAAAUGUACAACAGCAGGUUAAUGAAAUGUGAAUGCAUGUCUGUCCUCAAACAUGGUGCUUUAAAAUUUAACACUUCUGAUCUGCCAGUUUCUUGCAAAAAAAAAAAAAGGAAUUGUUGCAGUAUCUUCUGGUGCUUAACUGUGGCAUUGUUUAGAAGUCUUAAUGCUGAAUUGCUUUGUGUUGAAAAGAAGCAGUGAUAAAUUAUUUGAAAUGAAUAAAAGUAUUGAUGUUUAA